AUGAACAAGCGAACCUUCUUCACCAACGUGUGUAGGCGACAGCUUCACACUUCUCUACGAUAUUCUUCACCAACCCUAUUACAUGUCGGGGCCGCUUCUCCUUCAUCUCAUGGACACCCAGAUGUCCAAGCAUUUCAACAGAAAGCCCUGAAACCACAGAAACCAUACUUCUUCCCUAGCGAUGCAGGCUCACCAACCUCCCAUCUACCAGCAUUCGUUAAAUGGUUCACUAGACCUUCCACAUCCCAUGGCUCUCAACAAACCCACCAUCCAUUUGCUCCGGCGUUGGUGCAAAAGUUCCAAGAAUGGCCAUUUCCUUACGAAUUGAUCAAAUCUCCGGGGAAACAAGAUGCCGUCUCAGACUUCCAGAAUACACUCAUGACCAGUUCAGAAAUGACUGAUCAAAUAAUGGCCGGAAUCCUGCAAUCGGCAGUGACCGAAGGAACCGACCAGACUUUCUUUCAACUAUAUGCGCCCUUGAAGCUUCUCAUCAAGGCUCUGGAAUUCAACGCAUCUCGAGACCCAACUACUACACACCCUUUGCACGUAUACAUUGCCCAGUCCGCUCUCCCUGACCUGCCUCAACCCAUGCAAGACGAUCUACCAGUACCGGAAGUUGUUAAGCGUGCGGGAAAAGGCGACAUUUACAGCUCAUCCAUUUGGUUGGGCACGGAGCCAACGUAUACGCCAUUGCAUAGGGACCCAAACCCGAAUCUGUUUUGCCAAUUGCACAGUCAGAAGGUCGUACGUCUCUUACCGCCUAAGCUCGGCGACAGACUUUUCUUCGAAGUCCAGGUCCAAAUAAGGCAGCAGGGCAACAGUCGCAUACGGACGACUGAUAUGAUGCAAGGCGAGGAACGAAAGGCGCUGCAUGACGCUGUCUGGGAGAAUGAAUCACCGCCAGAUGAGAUGCAUGAAGUCGAGCUCGACGCUGGCGACGCGCUCUUCAUUCCUGACGGUUGGUGGCAUUCUGUCAAGAGUGUAGAGUCUGACGGGGGACUCAACGCUUCUGUGAACUGGUGGUUUAGGUAG